UUCUUCUUACUAUUUCUCCUCCUAACACGUUUUCCAAUUGGGCGGCGAUAGUUUAAAACGCACAACGCAUCGCCGUUUCCAUCAUUUUCCCUCUCUUUCUUGCUUACCAAACAAGAAAAAGAAAAAAAAAACACAGAGAAAAAGGAAAUGGAAGGCAGUAAUGAAGAAAAAGUCAAACUCGCUGCCUUGCAGAUAAUAGAGCAACACCAAAAUUUACCUCGAUUAGUUGUGUUUGAUCUAGAUUACACUCUAUGGCCUUUUUACUGUGAAUGUUACUAUUUGGAUGAUACACCGUAUUUAUACCCAGAAGCUAAAGGGAUUAUAGAAGCAUUAAAAGAGAAAGGAAUUGAAUUGGCUGUAGCUUCAAGAUCCCCAACUGCUCAACUUGCCAUAGCAUUUCUUGCUAAAUUGGAAAUUUCAUCCUUGUUUGUUACUAAGGAAAUUUUCUCAAGUUGGACUCACAAAACAGAUCAUUUUCAGAGGAUUCAAAAGAAGACUGGACUGCCAUACACUUCAAUGCUCUUCUUUGAUGAUGAGGACAGGAACAUUGGACCUACAUCAAAAAUGGGUGUAACUAGCAUCUUGGUUGACAAUGGGGUAACUCUUGAAGCUUUGAAGCAAGGACUGGCAGAAUUUUCGCAAAAAACGGGCUCUUCGAGCAACGAUUAAACCUCUUUUGUUGGUUAUAGAAGAACCAUCUCAUGUGUUUAUACAUCAAAUCCAUUCAUUAGAGAGGAAUUGUUUCGCUAUUUUGUUUAUAAGCAAAUUGAUUACUGCAAGUGAUGGUUACAAUUUUAGAAUUCAUGUAUUUUUGGAGUUUCUUCAACUUUAAUCUUAAUGUGAAUUGUGAUGUUAUGGUGUCUA